CCUCAACCUCACUUUUUUAGCUUCCUAAAAUCAAGGAAGGUUUAGUAAUCCUUAUCCAGGAUUGGAAUUGCAGUGAGACAAACACAUUUUAAAAGUUUUUUAGUGGAUAACCCAACCUAGGAUAGGAUAUCCAGGAUACCAAACACAAAAUGAAACCCAUUUCUCCUCCAAACCCUAGAAAAUCAAUUUGUCAUCAAGAUUUACUCUCCAUCUCUUCUACCAUCACUAUUACUUGUCUCUGAACAAAGGGUUUCAUGAUGGAAAUGUUUGACAAUCUCCCGAAAGAUAUCAUACUCGACAUAUUGACUAGGUUGCCCACUGAAACUGUCCUAGACUCCAAAUUGGUUUGUAAACCAUGGAGGGACGUUGUUCAUCUUCCACCAUUCUCUCAAAUACACCUGGAUCGUCUUAAAUAUGCUGCUAACGAUUCUGAUUAUGAAGGAAAGUAUAGGUGGUAUGGAUUUGGUUGCGUUGUUUCGACCAAUGAGUACAAGGUCGUUCGGAUGUAUGAGUCUGGGGGAGACUCGAAUGUUGGCAUUAUUCAGGUAUACACCCUUGGAAGUGGCAUUGGAUGGAGAAAUGCGGGAACGUUGGACAUCAAUAUGAAAUAUGUUAGAAGAGGUAAUGGUGCGUUCGCAGGUGAAGCUCUUCACUGAGUGGACACGAAAAGAACCAUUAUUCUUGCUUUCAGUUUGGUUGAUGAAAAGUUUAGUGAACUUCCAUCACCAUCACCUUCUUUGGUACGAGCUAGUGUUCCAUAUUCAGAUGUUAUACUAGGGGGUUUCAGGUGAUUUUCUAAGUGCUACUUAUUAUAGUGCCAGUCAUUCUGACUUAUGUUUUUUUAAGAAGAAUAAAGAUAAUAAUGACUUGAGCUGGAGUAAAGAGUUUGGUUUCAGGUUUCACAUAUUACCACCAUUUGAGUUCACGAAGAGUGGCAGGCUUCUGUGUUAUGGGAGUGAAAACAUUUAUACUUGUGAUCCAAAAGCUUCAUUUACUAAACUGGAUGUCAGUUCUGGCAAGGCUGUUUCUGAUGCAAUUCCUUACAAGAAUACUUUGGUUUCAUUGAAAGUAUUGGGUGAAAAGGAUGUAAAAACAAUGGAAUGAUGUGAUAGAGGAAGUUCAACUGAGGAGACAGAAACCAGUGACAAACUGAAGAAGCCGCAAUAGAAGCAAGAGAGCUCUAGGUAUGUGUAAUGAUAUUAAACCUUCAUCGAAAUUUUAAGCAUUUAGAGAUUGGGAUCGUUUCUGAAUCUAAUUAGUAUGUAAUAUGUGCUGAUAGUAUAUCGUGUAUGAAUUACUCUUAUAGCUAUGUGUUGCUAUGCUUAUUGCGCAUUUUGUGAUCUACUUAUGUAUUCUUAAAUGGAGAAUGUAAGUUGAAACUUUGUUUUUAGUAAA